ACAAACUUUCUCUAUGUUGAACAGUUUGUUUAUGGUAGCUUCACCAUAGAUUGUUCCAUAGACUAACAUAACCUCUUUCUUUAUCCGUCAAGCUUUGUAACACAAGGCAUAAAAAUGACGAACUCCAAGGGUUACCGUCGCGGCACCAGGGACUUGUUUGCCCGCAGGUUCCGCACUCAUGGAACUAUCCCCCUUUCCACGUACAUGAAAGUGUACAAAGUUGGCGACAUCGUUGACAUCAGAGGCAAUGGUGCUGUCCAAAAAGGUAUGCCACACAAAGUCUACCACGGUAAGACUGGCCGUGUCUACAAUGUCACACAACACGCUCUUGGUGUCAUUGUGAACAAGCGCGUACGUGGUCGCAUCCUACCUAAGCGCAUCAACGUCCGCAUUGAGCACAUCAAGCACUCCAAGUGCAGACAGGACUUCCUUAAGAGGGUGAAGGAGAAUGAGAGGCUUCUGAAGGAGGCCAAGGCCGCCGGCAAGCUCGCUAACCUCAAGAGACAACCUGCUGGACCCAAGCCUGCUCACAUUGUCAGUGGCACAGAGAAACCAGUACUACUGGCUCCUAUCCCCUACGAGUUUGUAGCUUAAAAGGAAAUAAAGUAUAUUUAAGGA